GGAGGGUCUCAAGGCAGUAUAAAGCUGCCUGCUGGAGGCUGCUCCUCACACAGCUUCUGCCAGCAAGAUGAAGUGCCUUCUGAUCCUCCUCUCCCUCGCCGCCCUCACCAGUGCUCAGGGGCAGUCCCAGUGCCAGUGUGGUGCCUUUGUCAAUGAUCGCAUCGGAGAGAUCGAGGUGUUUCCCUUCCAGCCCAUAGACGUGGAGAGCUGUGAAGAUUCAGAGACCUGCAGCUCAACUUGCGAUGAUGAGUGGGCUUCAAUAACCAACAACGGCGACUUGGACACUGUGCUUGAUAACGGAGAGACGGUCGGACAACACAUAUGCAACGCCUUGGCUCGUGAGGGACAUGAGAACUACGGACCUGGUGAAGUGUUCCUGUACUACAAGGUGUGUGAUGGCCCUUGGCAGUACGAUGAUGAGCAGAGUACACUGGAAAUCUGUUGUACCGGUGGUCAGUACCACGCCUGUAAUAACCCACCAACUCGUCCUCCCGUUAUCAAGUCUCUCUAACAGUUGACGUGACGCACAAAAUAUCUGCUUACUGAUAAUGUGGUCUGCUUCGUCUGUUGCAUAGUCAAGGUUGAUUAUGUUCAUUUAGUAAAAAGGAAAUUUAAACUUGCCUCCCGUGAAGCUAACAUUCAACAUCGCCGGAGUUGUCUACGUCCAAGAAAACAUCUACGCCUUUCCCAAGAUAGUUAAUUGAUAACCAAGAUAUGUAACCAUCGAAUGUACAUAGUAUGAUAUGAUCGUUCGUGACGUUACUAACAAGCUUCACCUUAAUACUGUGCAAAUAUUUAAGUUCUGUAGUGAAUUAUGUUCCUCAAUAAAAUAAUCUAUCUAUUGUGUUAAAAUACAAUGGUAAAAGCCCGUAUUUCGUCAAGCAGAAAUGAGACUUCCCAAUUAAUAAAUAAUACAUAAUA